AUGAAAUUAUUAUACUUUUUCUUUUUGUGGUGCGUCACAGUCAAUUGUGAUGAACAUACACACACCUAUAAAGAUGGAGAGCAAGUCGUUCUAUGGAUGAACACCGUAGGCCCAUAUCAUAAUCGACAAGAGACGUAUGCGUAUUUUUCUUUACCGUUUUGUGUUGGUACAAAAGUUACCAUCGGGCACUACCAUGAAACCUUAUCCGAAGCAUUGCAAGGCGUUGAAUUGGAAUUUAGUGGUUUGGAUAUUACAUUCAAAGACAACGUUCCAGCGCAGCAGUUUUGCGGCAUAGAAUUGAACGAUCAGUCUUAUAAAGCACUUGUGUAUGCGGUGAAGAAUCAUUAUUGGUAUCAAAUGUAUAUAGAUGAUCUACCAAUAUGGGGUAUAGUAGGCGAAAUCGACGGCGAUCAUCAUUAUAUUUGGACCCACAAGAAGUUUGAUAUUGGUUAUAAUGGUAAUAGGAUUGUAGAAGUUAACCUUACCGCUGAAAACAAGGAACGACUUGUACCUGAUGCUAAGAUCCCUUUCACGUAUGAGGUGAACUGGAAGAAGAGCAAUAUUCGAUUUGAAGAUCGUUUUGACAAAUAUUUAGAUCCAAAUUUUUUCCAGCAUAGAAUUCAUUGGUUUAGUAUCUUUAAUAGUUUUAUGAUGGUAAUAUUUUUAGUGGGACUUGUGUCAAUGAUUCUUAUGAGAACUUUACGUAAAGACUAUGCUAGGUAUUCAAAAGAUGAUGAUCUUGAUGAUCUAGAGAAAGAUUUGGGGGAUGAAUAUGGAUGGAAGCAAGUACAUGGCGAUGUGUUUAGACCUGUACCACACUUAGCCUUAUUUUCAGCUCUUGUUGGUGCAGGCUAUCAACUAACAGUAGUAACAUUAGCUGUUAUUAUUUUUACAAUAUUUGGGGAACUCUAUACUGAGAGAGGUUCUUUACUUUCAACGGCAAUCUUUAUAUAUGCUGCAACUUCACCGGUUAAUGGUUAUUUUGGUGGUUCCUUGUACUCUAGAAUGGGUGGUAAACUCUGGAUAAAACAAAUGUUGUUGUCUGCUUUUCUGCUCCCUGUACUAGUUUGUGGUACAGCAUUCUUUAUCAACUUUAUUGCAAUGUACUACCAUGCGUCCCGGGCUAUUCCAUUUGGCAGUAUGAUUGCUGUAAUGUCUAUUUGCACAUUUGUAAUUUUACCUCUGACACUAGUGGGAACUGUUCUUGGAAGAAAUUUAGCAGGACAACCUGAUUAUCCUUGCCGUAUUAAUGCAGUACCUAGGCCUAUUCCAGAAAAGAAAUGGUUUAUGGAACCAUUUGUCAUUAUUAUUAUGGGAGGUAUUUUGCCUUUUGGUUCUAUAUUUAUUGAAAUGUAUUUUAUAUUCACAUCAUUUUGGGCGUACAAGAUUUACUAUGUCUAUGGGUUUAUGUUGUUGGUGUUCUUGAUUCUAAUGAUAGUAACAGUUUGUGUGACUAUUGUGUGUACAUACUUUUUGUUAAAUGCUGAAGACUAUCGUUGGCAGUGGACUAGUUUCCUGUCAGCUGGAAGUACUGCCUUGUAUGUUUAUCUCUAUUCAUUCUAUUACUUUAUCUUUAAAACUAAGAUGUAUGGAUUGUUUCAAACUACUUUCUACUUUGGCUACAUGGCUCUGUUUAGUCUUGCCCUUGGUGUCAUUUGUGGCACUGUAGGUUAUGUAGGAACAAGCAUAUUUGUCAGGAAAAUAUAUUCCACAGUUAAAAUUGAUUGA